GUACAAACUUUGACAGUUGUUUCCUUGAUUUCUUUAGGCGAAAGUGACCGUGUUUAAACUACAUUGGAUUACACAACACACAACACAACCUUUACCUUUAUCGAGCCGAAAGGGUUUGCGACAUUAUGAGCAGUUUCUAAAGACGUCAAAGAAUCUUUCUAAGGCUGGUUUUUGGAAAAGAUGCCUUUUGCUUCAAGAGAAUUAUUAGCAAGGCGCGUAAUAUGUGUUGAAAUUCUCAUCUGCUUUCAGAAAAUUGAACAAAUCGUACGCUAGAACAUUGUAAGGUGUUUGAAACCGACUACUGGGAGAUAAUACUCGGAGAUUCGAACAACGAUCAUCGUCUAAUCCAUAAAAAGAACAGAAGCAGAAAAAACUACAAUAACGGACACUUCUGUUUUAAGGUGUCUAUGUAUUGUUACCGAAAGAUUUUUAGCAAGACCAUUUUACUCUGCACCACUUAAAGAUUUAAAGACUGCUUUGACGGGUGUUUGGAACUAAAACGGAGAAGAAAUGGCCAGUAUUACAGCGGAAUAAGCAGGUCAAAGACACCCCUUGGCUAGCACUAGUGCCACUGGACACCUCAACCAAAUUCAGCCAAAAGUUGUUUCAAUACGUUCAACAAUCUUCACUAAAAUCACUUAUCCAUAUAGAAGUGCAAAAAGAAUUAACACAGGAAAACAAAUAAAACAAGACAAAAAACAAGACACAGAGCCUGGUCCAAACGUGCAAGAAAACCUUAAAGGUUGCUGGGUACUCAGCCAAAGUUGUUUCAAACACCCGGGCAUAGUCACUAAAAGCGCUUAAAAACGCCUUGUAUUUACAGAAACUAAGACAGUGCGUCAUCUGAGAGGCAACUGCCUUAUUUUUAGACAAACGUCGUUUCAAUACUUUCAAUACAUAGGUCAAAAAUCACUAAUACCCCUCUAGAUAGCAGACUAAGGCAGCGUGACGCAAUGACUAGUGACAUCCUCGCUGAUGCAGCCCUUGCCGCGCUAUUUGCAGUCCUUGUAGCCGUCGACAUUAUCGGCAACGCAUUCGUCUGUUUCGUGAUUCUAAAACACCGGUUCGGGGUCACCCUAAUACAUACCCGAACCGCAAUGGACUACCUUCUGGCGAAUCUAGCUGCCUCCGAUAUUUUGCUUGGGGUAUUUGUCAUUCCCCGGUAUAUCAUCCCCGGGUCCGUAAACCCAAUGGGUUUCAAGGGAGAUCUUCUGUGUAAGUUUGUCACUGGAGGCGUGUUUAUUUGGGUAGGUGGUGCAGCUUCUGUGUUCUCUCUUAUUCUUAUCGCAGCUGAACGUUACUCCUCUGUGGUAUAUCCACACAAGCCAAACCUCCGCAUUUCCAAAGCUCGUCUUCCGGACGUCUUAUUAUCAUGCUGGAUUUUUGCGUUUAUUCUGAACUCCCCUCUAUUUAUCUUCAUGGUCUAUGACGAAAAGAGUGAGUUCUGUGUGGAAGAAUGGCCGUCUUACGUGCUACCACGUGCGUAUGGGAUCUUGUGGCUGUUAUACGGUGGCCUGGUGCCUAUAGCUGCCAUGGCUUGUCUUUACGCGCAAAUCAUACGUUCCCUGUGGUUCAAGCAUCCGUCUCUUACAAUCAAUUCUAGAUCCAACGUACAGAAAACUAUGGCGCUAUUCUCAAGGCGUAAGGCGACAAAACUUUGCUUGACCGUCACUAUUAUCUACGCCACAUGUUGGCUUCCAAUUCUCGUGCUCUAUAUUGUAUCUUUUCAUCGACCUGAGCUUGUUGCUUACGGCUCAUUCAUUUACAAGGCGUCCGUAGCACUUACACUGCUGAACAGCGGUAUCAACCCAUUUGUGUAUGCCCUUCAAAGUCAGAAGUUCUUAAAGUGCAUCAAGAAAGCGUUGCAAUGCAAACUGGGAAAUAAAUGAUACCA